UAUUAUAUAUGCUUUAAUCAACCUUAUGGUGGGGAGGGAGGAGACCAUUGCCGGUGAGUUGCACAAGAGAUAAACUCUCCUUCGCUAUUUUGGUAUUUAAGCCUACCAGGGUCAAUUCCCGGGGGGAGGAACUGAGAAGACAUUUCUGUAUCGGCCGCCUCCAAUAUUCUCAGCAGGAGCUGGGUGUGCUGGCCGGCAGGUGGGCCGGCCGAGCGAGGGGCGGGCGUGGGGCCGGGCUCUCCGGUUGCCAGGUGAAGCGCGACGUCUCCGCCUCCCCGGGGUAGGCGCGCAGCCCCGCGGAGCGCAGGCAGCUCGGCUCGGCUCGGCUCGGCUCGGCUCCGCGCGACGCUCACCGCCCCAGCCCCGCCGACCCCCGCCAUGGCGAAGGCGAUCAAGAAGGGAUUGUUCUGCCCGAGCUUCGUGAGGAAGAACUGGCUGCUGCUGAGCACGGUGGCCGCCGUGCUGGCGGGUAUUGGAAUUGGUGUGCUGGUACGGGAAUAUGGCAAUCUGUCUAAUUUGGAUAAGGUCUACUUUGCAUUUCCUGGGGAAUUGCUGAUGAGAAUGCUCAAACUCAUCAUUCUGCCAUUAAUCAUAUCAAGUAUGAUCACAGGUGUUGCUGCUUUGGAUUCCAGCAUUUCUGGGAAGAUUGGUUUGCGAGCAGUUGUGUAUUAUUUCUGCACAACAGUCAUUGCUGUAAUAUUAGGGAUUAUCCUUGUUGUGACCAUUAAACCUGGAGUGACUCAAAGAGCAAGUGAGAUUGACAGAAUGGGCAGUACCCCAGAAGUCAAUACUGUUGAUGCCUUGCUGGAUCUUAUCAGGAAUAUGUUCCCAGAGAACCUUGUUCAGGCCUGUUUCCAACAGUAUAAAACCAAACGUGAAAAAGUUAAAGUUACAAGUGCUGUGGAUAAAAAUAGCUCCAUAUUUCAAGAGGAACCCACUACAAUGGCUACGACAGCAAAGGCUUCAGAGAACAAAACCCAAGAAUAUAAAAUUGUGGGGAUGUAUUCCAACGGCAUCAAUGCGCUGGGGUUGAUUGUCUUUUGCCUUGUUUUUGGAGUGGUUAUUGGGAAAAUGGGAGAGAAAGGACAAGUGCUGCUGGAUUUCUUCAAUGCGCUGAACGAAGCUACAAUGAGAAUAGUUCAGAUAAUUAUGUGGUAUAUGCCAAUUGGUAUCGUGUUUUUAAUUGCUGGGAAGAUAAUAGAAGUUGAGGACUGGGAAAUCUUUCGUAAAUUGGGUCUUUAUAUGGCUACAGUAAUAAGUGGACUUGCAAUCCAUUCCGUUAUAGUUCUGCCACUUAUCUACUUAAUAAUAGUAAGGAAAAAUCCUUUUCGGUUUGCCAUGGGGAUGGCUCAGGCACUUCUGACAGCCCUCAUGAUCUCUUCCAGUUCAGCAACUUUGCCUGUCACCUUCCGCUGUGCAGAAGAAAAAAACUUGAUUGACAAAAGAAUCACAAGGUUCGUUCUUCCAGUUGGAGCUACCAUCAACAUGGAUGGCACUGCUCUUUAUGAAGCAGUAGCAGCCAUAUUUAUUGCACAGCUGAAUGACUUAGAACUGGAUAUUGGCCAAAUAGUUACCAUUAGUGUCACAGCUACUGCAGCCAGCAUCGGGGCUGCAGGUGUGCCCCAAGCCGGACUUGUUACCAUGGUGAUUGUGCUGAGUGCCAUUGGCCUGCCUGCCGAGGAUGUUACUCUGAUCAUUGCAGUUGACUGGCUUCUGGAUCGAUUCAGAACAAUGGUGAAUGUCUUAGGAGAUGCCUUUGGUACAGGAGUAGUGGAGAAGCUCUCCAAAAAGGAGCUGGAGCAGAUGGAUGUCACCUCUGAAGUCAACAUAGUCAAUCCUUUUGCCUUGGAAACAGGAAUACUUGAUAAUGAUGAAACACAGGCCAAGAAAUCUUACAUCAACGGAGGCUUUGCUGUAGAUAAAUCUGAUACCAUAUCCUUCACACAGACAUCCCAGUUCUAAAGCCAGUAGCUUUCAGAUAAAACAGGAGCACUAAGGGAGAUGGCCAUAUGCAAUAUUUCAAAAAGCUUAAAGGAAAUUGAGAAUGAAUUACAUCUCACUUACAGCUGAUUUACCACACAGACUCUGAUUCUCCUUACCAGUUCUGUCCCUUCUCAUCAUCUCCCUCAACAGUUUGAACUCACCAUUGUUAGUCCUUACUGAUAGGCUAAAGAAAAAGACAGUUGUAAAAUACUUUUUUUUUGUUUGUUUGUUUCAGAAUAUAUACUAUUCCUGAGGCUGUGAAAUGCCUGUCUAGAAUCAGCAUGCUCAUAAAUGGGUCAUUAGCUGGGACAGCAAAAUGUGUUUUACUCAGGAGUAGCACAGCAUACAUUAUACAUUACCACAUCACAAAGUACCUAUAUGAAAUCCCUUUUUACAUCCUUGCCUUCUAAACAGGUUGCACAGUACUUGACAACUCCUGUAACUUGAUCAUUUGCCAAAAUUAGCAAAUUUCUGCAGCUGAGGGGAUACUACUUGUGUGAUUCAGGAAAAAACAGACCAGAAGGGCCUUGAAAUAAGUACAUUUUACUGUAAAUAGGCUUUAGUUUUCAUUCAAUUGUGAAAUAAUUAGUCACUGAAAGAGGUCCAGUAUUUAUGUAGCCAAGUUUCCUCACACCUUUCAUGUGAAUGCCAGCUGCUGGUAUUGGCCUUCAGAUGUGCAUUAAAUUGCUCUGAGCUUGCUCUUCUGGCAUUUGAAGAGUUUUUGUAAAAUUAUACUUUAUCUAUUUAGGUCAACUUUGAUGGCCUCCUCGUACAUUUCCAUCAGAAACAGAAGUCCAUUUUCUGUUGUCCACUUAUGAUUUUAACAAAGUAUUAGUCAGCCCAGUAUUAUAUCAGCCAAGAGGUCAUGAAGACAAAAGUGCAGAGUGCAAAUUCUAAAUGUUUCUUCCUUGCAAUAAAAGCAGAUAGAUAUAUAUAUACACAUAUAUCAAGAAUAUAGGAAGAUACCUUUCUCAUAGAAAGAAGCCACUUUCAUUAUACUUCUUACACAGACUGAUUAUUUUUUUGGCUCUUUGGUUUAGUUUAUCAGUUGAACAUGCAAGUUUAUAGCUGCAACACCACUACAGUGCCAACCUGUCAGCUAAGCUGUAUCUUAUGAACCAUUUCUGGACCUAGAAAAUCAUGUCUUCAGGUGGCUUGCUGUAAAAUAAGAAGCACCGAGAACUUCCUCAUUAAAAAUCUUCAUUUUCUAUAACAUUUUAUACAAGAUUUCCAUGGUGCAAAAAUCACUCUCUCAAGGAGGAGUUGCUGUAACAAUUUUUUUUCUGCCUUGCACAUUGGUUAGCCAUUUUAUAUACAAAUUAAACUGAAAUUCAUAUACAGUUACUUCUUUCCGAAUAAGGUUGUGGUAAGCAUAAAAUCACAUUCAUUUGCUAACAAAAAACCCUCCAAGUACCUGCAGUGUUAUAUACUCGAUUCAAUCCUACGCUUUUGUAUUUAGACAGACCAGAAGUGUGCCAAAGAGAACUGAUUAAGAAGAAAAUAUUUACUGUAGAUUUUGAUAAAUUGCACCUUAAAUUAAUGAGACAUAAUACUGUAUUUAAAUUUAACAUCAUAAACUAUAUGAAAACGUUAAUCUAAGUAUUGGUAAAUUUAUACAAUAUAAAGAAAAUGUACAGAUUGAGUAAAUCAAUCUUUUACCUUUGCAGAAACAGUAUGAGACAGUCUUUAUUUGUGCAGUUUUACUUAUGGGAGGAAAAAGCCUACUAGUUUCCAUGACUAGCCUAUAAUCUAUGCCUUGUCUUUAACCAGCUUUUUAAGUCACCCUUUUAUGAUCACCUUAUUAUGUAGUCACCCUGUUAAUGAUGUACUGUGAACAGUGUUCCUAUUGUGUUAUAAAUAAAUAAUUUCUCUCUUUA